AUGGGGACUCCUGGGAAUAUCAAAGUUCUCCCACCACCACACACAAAACCACAGAAACUACCAUCUCACACUCCACCGUCUCGCCACAACAAAACCCAGCCUCCAAACCCAGAUCGCCACACCACAGAGAAACUCAACAACAGCACCACACCAAACACCAAACCACACCAACUCCUACACCUACCAGUCACCUGCACGCCCAAACCCACAAGCGUCCCACCACAGCAACCCACAACCACAGUCAGUCGAACCCAACCAUGCACAUGCACACAGCCAACAACAGACAACCUAACAGACUCAGAGAUCGAUGAUCAUUCCCUUCGCCACAGGACGUUACGUCCGAACCAAAAUACGGCAUCCGCCUCUUUGCCGCGGAACCCUCACGAUACAAACACCUAA